AGUGUAGUGGUUUUUUUAUUCUUACAGAACAAUGUACUGCUAUGGGUCCACUAAUUGACAAGGAAGUUGAUAGGAUUGACCACCACCAUGCAUCUUUAGCAGCAGUCAGUAAACAGCUGAUGGAAGCUCUUGGCAUGUACCAUGAUUUGAUGAGGGAGUUCAUUCCACCAACUCCCUAUGGAACCUAUCCACCACAUGAUUCUCGCAUGAUGUCACCACCACCCCAUGGACAGCUGAUGUAUAAUGGGCCACCCAAUACGUACAUGGUACAGCCAGUUCAGGGACAAUACCCCUACCCUCAUAUGGAGCAGACAUAUCCUCAUCCUACUAUGGCAACAGGUCUUCAGAGCUCUAUGCAACAUUCAGCUGUACUUCCAACACAACACCAGUCUAACAUUCCCACAUCAUCCCUUCCAGGAAUACAAUCAGCCUCCCAGGCUCAGUAUUCUCUACCUCACAAUACACCCUAUUCAAGUGCCCCUGUUAGUUACUCUUCACCCGUCAGUCCACCUUCUGUGUACGACACAAACGUAAAGGAAGGACAGUUCCAAGGAAUGAGAGGUGAAGCUGGCCAUUUUGCUCCACACGUCCCCCAACCCAUGUCACCACAGCAGCAGCCUUUGUUAUGAGGCUGACAAGUGUGGGGUAUUGAACAUAACGGUUGACUUGGAGAAUUAAUUGCAGUUUCUACAGUGUAUCCUCCAUACCAAAUGAAUGUGAUUAUUCUUCUGAAGAUAUUGAUUUGUAGUUAUUUUGAUUCUAGUUCAAGCCAAUUGAAUAUCUUGUACCAUACUCUAUAUGUUCAUUUAAAGUAAAUAUAUUGAAUUUGUUAGUGCUGAUUUGGUUAUGAUUGUAUUUUUAUUGAUACUGUUUAUUUCAGAACUGUACAGUAGUUAAAACACAGUGAUUAAUUUUAGCCGUUAAUAACACUGGUGGCUAUAGUGAUGUGUACUUUAUUUCAUCCUCACUGAUGUAAGUUAUUAAUAUUUGUCAAUGAAACCCUAGGAACUGAGGAGGAGAUUUUUCAAUGUUCAUUUUGAUUUCAGUUCACUAAAGAAUAAUAAUUGCAUAUUGCUGAAGAGUGUGCUUCUUAACUUGAGUGUAUAAGUUAUAAGUUUUCAUGAAAAAGUCUGUCUGGAGGUUUUCAGUUUUUGUCAUAAAGGAAACUUUACAAGAUUUGAUAUACAUAAUGAUAAUUUUCUUGAAGUGAACAGAAUGUUCUUGAUUUCAGUGUGAAAUGGCAAUAUUGAUAAUAGUAUUUGUGUAAUGUUUGUAGAGAUUCUACAAAUAAUACUGAGUUAAAUAGAGAUUAUUAUGAAUACUGAUAACAUACAAAAUGUUUCUUCCCAAAUUCAAAUAUAACUUUAAAUAUAAAAAUCUUAUAUGUAUCUUUGUAUUAUUUGAUAAUUCACAGUUCAUAAUAUUUUAAUUUUACUGAUGUUGCUAUAUACCAGCAACUCCUGAAAUGCUAACUUACAUGCUUUUAAGUUAAGCCUUUCUAUUUUAAUUAUUUUUAAACACUCAAGAAAUCUGCCAGAUAUAAAUAACAAACAUAAUCUUGCCAAUACAGUUCUUUGAGUAAUUAAUUUAUAGUUCUGUUUCACUGCUCUUGAAAAUAGAAAAUAUUCUGAUAUAAUAUUCAAAGUAAUUUUACUUUUUCAAGUAGUAACUAUAUUGAUGAUAAUAUUAUCUUUAGUAUAAAAAUCUAUUUUGUUUUUAUGUAAUGAGAAUGAGUUACUUGGGUCUUUUCAUGAUAAAUGUACAAAUACUGAAGUAUGAUCAAACAUAAGCCAGCUUCCUAUAAAUAUCUUUUAAAAUUCACUUGAUCAAUAUUCUGUUUACUAUUUAUGUUUGUAUUUCUCAGGUUAUUUCACUGUAGCAAUUUUUUAAAUAAAAAACCUAACAGUA